GUGUUCCUUUCAAGUUCGUCAUUAAUAUGUAACGUCCGUCUUCAGUAGAACCAUCCCCCAUUCCCUGCGUGUAUCGUGAUCUCGCGGAUGCGGAUAGCCACUUGAAGAAGCAGGGUCGGUCACCUCCUGUCAGCGUAACCGAAGGAAAAAAUCAUUUACAAUUUACGGAAUAUCUGGAAUCCUCCGCCCGAUUUCCACUGGUGAGCGGCUUCAGGAACAAGGUUCUACAGGAACAGCACUUACCUGGGGGGUUUAUGGAAGCCUGUUUUUCCAGGAAGAGAAGUGCAUGAAGAUCACUGCUCUGCUGCAGACGUGUACAGCUCCGGGCCUGCUCUAUCACAGCUAGGAAAAUGUCUGGCUCCUACGACGAAUCCGCCAGCUUCGAAGAGGCCACAGACAGCUUCUGGGAGGUGGGGAACUACAAGCGUGCGGUCAAGCGGAUCGACGAUGGGCACCGGCUCUGCAAUGACCUCAUGAGCUGCAUCCAGGAGCGUGCCAAAAUCGAGAAAGCCUACAGCCAGCAACUGACUGACUGGUCCAAGCGGUGGAAACAGCUGGUGGAGAAAGGUCCUCAGUACGGCACGGUGGAGCGCGCCUGGCUGGCGGUCAUGACCGAGGCGGACAAGGUGAGCGAGCUGCACCAGGAGGUGAAGAACGGCCUGCUGAACGAGGACCUGGAGAAGGUGAAGAACUGGCAGAAGGACUCCUACCACAAGCAGAUGAUGGGCGGCUUCAAGGAGACCAAGGAGGCCGAGGAGGGCUUCAAGAAGGCCCAGAAGCCCUGGGCCAAGAAGGCCAAGGAGCUGGAGACCGCCAAGAAGGCGUACCACUUAGCGUGCAAAGAGGAGAAGCUGGCGUCCACCCGGGAGGCCAACAGCAAGGCUGAGGCCUCCGUCACGCCCGACCAGCAGAAGAAGCUCCACGAGAAAGUGGACAAGUGCAAACAGGACGUGCAGAAGGCCAAGGAGAAGUACGAGAAGGCCCUGGACGAGCUGAGCAAGUGCACGCCGCAGUACACGGAGCACAUGGAGCAGGUGUUCGACCAGUGCCAGCAGCUGGAGGAGAAGAGACUAAGCUUCCUCAGGGAGGUGCUGCUGGACAUCAAACGGCACCUCAACCUCACCGAGAACCAAAGCUACGCCUCAGUGUACCGGGAACUGGAGCGCACCAUCAACGCUGCCAGCACUCAAGAGGACCUCAAGUGGUUCAGCAACAACCACGGUCCUGGCAUGCACAUGAACUGGCCCCAGUUCGAGGAGUACAACCCGGAUGUCGCCCACCCCGUCGCCAAGAGGGAGAAGGUGAAGAAGCCCAAUGAGGGGGUCACUGCGGUGGGGGACCACGUGUUGGCCCAGGCGGGCGACAGGGGCAGUGUGAGCAGUUAUGAUAAGAACCAGGCGUACACCACGGAGUGGUCUGACGACGAGCAGCCGGCCUCCCAGUCGGGCAACGAGACCAACGGCGGCGCCAACCCCUUCGAGGACGAGUCAGGCUCCAGCGGGAAGGGCGUGGGCGCGGGCGUGGGCGUGGGCGCGGGCGUGGGCGCGGGAGCGGGCGCAAACACGGGCGUGCGUGUGCGGGCGCUGUACGACUACGACGGGCAGGAGCAGGACGAGCUCAGCUUCAAAGCCGGGGACGAACUGAUGAAGCUGGAGGACGAGGACGAGCAGGGCUGGUGCAAAGGUCGCCUGGACAGCGGCCGGAUGGGCUUGUACCCGGCGAAUUACGUGGAGCCUAUCUAAAUGGGGCGGGGCGGGGUGGAGGAGGACGACCCCCACGGAGGAAUCUCAGACUGGACUGUCCAACCAUACUGCACAUAGAGACCUAAGAGCUACACCACCACCGACCCCCCACCCCCCCCUUGCCAGACAUAACGGGCUGGGCAGAGUCCACGUAAACACAAUUUUAGCAUUUACAGAAAAAGACAGUAUACACACAGGUCACAUGCGUCCUGCCAGGCAUGUGGAAGGUCUUCAAAAAACUACCGAACAUACAGUAACAGUAGGCUACACGCAUAUAUUAUCUGUCAAUAUACCACCAUUCAGGCAAGUGCAGGGAUACGUUUUGCAUUUUUGUGUACCCGUGUUCAAUAUGAAUUUUGUGCAAACGAUAUGACAUUUGUGUAGCGGUAUGUUCUCCUAUAACAAUAUGAGUAUUAUGUAGUCAAUGGCGCCCGCAUAGCCAUAACGAGCUAUGCAGAGUGCGGUGUGUAUAUUUGAUGACAUUUUUGUGCAGCGGUCUCGAUGCUAUGCGUGUACAGUCCUCAUUCCUGCAUCGGUACUUCGGUGUAGCUAAAGCUACACGAUGUUUUUAUUUUAUUUUCUUUUUUUUCUCCCCUCUCCCCUGUGGGUUUGGUUCGGUUUGGUUCCUGUCGGCAGUGCGUGCUCAGCUGUGUACGGUUGUUUUCCCCCUCCGUGUCCGAGUCUGUUUCCGUAGCAGCAUGUGCUACGCGGCGUGCGCCCCCUGCGAUUGGACGACAUCGGUGUUGGCUCCACCCAUCCCCACUCCUCCAUCCCUUAAGCGGAGUCUGAACUGAGGCCGGGAAGGUGGUGAUGAGACAACGGCUCGAACGUUCUCCUUGGAAACGAUGGCUUUUUUUUUUUUUGAUCUGCGAAACCUCUUUUUUUCUUAACAUCUCCUCAUGUCUUUCAGUGACUCGUGCGUUUUAUACCGAUCUCUCCUGGACUUUAUUUUUUCAAUGACGUUUUUAUCAUAAAGCACACGUGCAUGAAAGAGGAGAAAAAAUGUUACAUGCUACCCCAUCCUCUCUCUCUUUCUCUCUCUUUUUCAUCAUCCAUCUUAUGUUUACAGAAAUCACUUCCUGUUUCGAGUUGUUUGAGAGCUGUUGAGGUUUUAAAAAAAAAAAUUCUGAUGACAUCAUAAUGCCCCCACCCUUCCGCUGCACACCCAGAUGUUAAUAUUGUGCCAUAGUUUCUGAAGAAGCUAAAAUGGCCUAGGCUAUUUUCCAUCCAAACCAAUUCCAACAUCUGUUAAGGCCACAGUUGCUGCCAUUAUGUGCCCAACCUGUCUACCCCCCCCCCCCCCCCCCCCCCCCCCAAGUGCAUUCUGGUAUUUCUCUCUUACCGUCUUCCAUUUAACAAAGAGAUCCUAAACGCCAGAAAAUACUGUAAUUUCACGCUUCUGAGGUCCAGAACAAUUACAACUCAAAGCACCAAGAGUUAUGGCCUCUAUUGACCACUACAAAAUCCAGCCAAACAAACUCUGGAACCCACGUCUCAGGUUCAUUCAGGAGCAGCGACUUUAUCUGUCCGCCUGGUUUCCCCAUUAGACUCUCCGCACAGUGCAGAUCCAGCACCCUGACCUGUAGGAAAGUUAAACUGUGGUCAGUUCCCCUAACAUCAGUUCUGCAGCGUUUUCUUUCCUUUAUAGUUGUAUUUUCUCGUGUGACGUUCUGUGACGUUUGCAGCAGUGUGGAAGAUCUAUCUUUGCGCUCUCAUAAUUUCACCUCAAAAUACCCUUCCCUGUGCAUGAAACCACCUAGUGGGACAAAAUCAUACUGUAUCUCCAGCCAGAUGUAGUUUGUUCCUCUUAUUUACUUGCAGUAUAGACACUUAAGAGGAGAGCUCAUUGGCUAGCCUUCUUCCUCUCACAUGUUCAGUCUGAUUAGUUCAGGUUAGUCAUUUGUCAAGCUCACAUUUCAGCGAAUCCAUGCUUACUCCGCUCUAUAAUAUGGUAGGGCUGUUUUGAUGUGCUCUUGAAAUCGCAAAUCCACAUUGAACAAAAAAGUGAUGCAAUAGCAGUUCUGCUCUAUGUUAUAAUCUACAAUACCAGUGGUAACCAAUCCUGUUCCUGGAGAUCAACGAACCUGCAGGUUUUCAUUUCAACCCUAAUUUGGCACCACCUGAUUCUAAUAAUUAGCAGCUUGAUGCAGAUCUUUAGCUGUUGAAUGAGGUGCGCUUUGUUAGGGUUGGAGUGAAAACCUACAAGAUGAUAGGUCUCCAGGAACAGGGUUGGUUACCACUAUACAAAACAAUAAGGUUCAUCUUAGACUUUAUUCAAAUAGCCAUAUUAUUCAUACGCCCUAACCGUGAAAUGAAAUGCACUCAUUCUGCAUCCUGUGUGGUCUGAGCUUCGUGUGGACAGAAAUCCAGGUAACGGAUCAUGCUGAGGUGUAAAAUCCAGGUCGCAGAAAGUAAAAGUCCUCCCCAGUAUUUUUACUCCAAUCACCUGGAUUUGCUAAUUAGCACAAUUCGUCGGCCAGGAGGUGGAACUAAUUAAGUGAAAUCCGCUGGGCUGAGCCUACAGGUGGAAGGAACACACAGCGGGACUUUUACUUUCUGACGCCUGGACUUUCCAGCUCUUCCUGGGAGUGGCAUUUCCUCAGUAAAAGCUGUGCCUUUUAAGGCCGGUUUUAGCAGCGGUGCGCUAACGCUAACCGCAGAGGGUGUUACGAUGGGAAGAGAAAGGUAAGACGUCGAAAUGGCGAUGUGAAAGCUGUCCUUGUGCAGGAUGCAAUGCCGUGGGGUUCUGGGGUGGGGUGGGGUGGGGUGCGGCUUGUUACCAAACAUGGUUUUAUGGGAGGAAAUGCUCUCUGGUGCGUAUUAUUCAUUUUAAGUCUUCAUAUUUAGCUCAAUACACUCAGUCCCUUAUCUCACACACUUCCAGAUACACAGAUACGUACACAUGUCUACACACACGCACACGCAGGAGUAUAUACACCAUACUCAGCAGGCACAAGUGUACAAAUAUAUUGAGCACACUGGGUGAACUCAGAUAUUCACACACUCAAGUUCUAUUAGUAAUUGCACACACGUUCUCAGAUCCUGUGCAUGUGUAUGCCUGUGUGUAUGUGUGUGUGCAUGUGUGCCUGUAUGUGAGUGUGUGCGUACGUCCGAGCGUGCAUGCAUUUACGUGUGUGUGCGUGCACAUGUGUAUGCAUGUGUGUGCAUGUGUGCCUGUAUGUGAGUGUGUCUCAGACUGGCUCAGCCUCCAUACCGUAUUUAUUUUACUGUAAUUGUGACGCCGUCGUUGACCUGUUUGAGUGUGCAGUGGACUCCCGCUGCCGGAUCUGUAUAUGAUACUGUAAUUUAAAAAAAUAUAUUAUAUUGUAACUGUGUAACUGUGUGAAGCUGAACGUGCAAUCUAGCGACACACAGAGCAGUUAAGAAAAGUGUAUUUGUAAAUGCUUUUUUAAAUUUUCUUUUGUCCUUCUGCAAAGGAGGGGGGAGGAAGCAGGGGGACGUGUUGUGGAAACUCUAUUUUAGCAGUCUUGAAAAAUGUAUGUAUGUUUAGACUGUAGUGUUGUAACCCUAUCUCCAAUCUAGUAUUGUGCCUGUUCAUCUUAAAGGUUAAAAUAAAAAAUAAAAAAAAUAAUUCCAAUAAUGAUAAUGAUUAUAGUUACAAAAAUGAACCUGAAUCAAAGUUGUUGUGAAGAUGUAAAAGCAAUAUUGGUUUGAAAGGGGAAAAAAAAAAGUUUGUUGAAAAAACAAAAAAACAA